GUACUCACUCUUCGAUUUCCAAACAUUCCGACUCCCUCUCUGUCCCUGACGUAGUUAGGGUUUCAAAAACCUUCGAUUCUCUCUCGCGAGUCGCAGCGGCUGAACGCCUCUCGGGUCCCCCUCUUCGAUUCGCGCAUCGCAUCGGCUGAAAUCUUCAACACAUAUCCUCGCCAUAGCUCCAAAGCCUAGAUCAUAUUUAUGUUUUUUCAUGUUUUCGUUUCUUUGUUUUCAGGGAACAGAGAAAAACAAAAACAGAGCCAAAGCUGAGUUUUGCUGCGAUUGUGUUUGUGUUCUUCUGUAAUUGGUCGUUUCUGUGUUCUGAUGAAAUUAGGGUUUGAUAUCGCCAUUCCCGGCUACUGAGGGGACUGUUGGUUUUGUUUUCAGCCGUCAAGGGCUAGAAGAUUGGAACUGGUGAGUUUUUACUGGAGAAGGAAUUUUGGAAAUUAUGAAGACGCCAUCGACAUAUCCCGUUCUUGACAAUCGACCAAUUGAUCAAUGGAGGGUGACAGAACUAAAGGAAGAGCUUAAGAGGCGGAAAUUGAUAACUAGGGGGUUGAAAGAAGAUCUGGUGAAACGGUUGGAUGAAGCACUUAGAAAUGAAACUGAAUCUCCUAAGGAAGAUACUGGUAUUAUUGCUUUGGAUGGGAGUUCCCAAGUUGUGGGGACUGGAGAUGUAGUGACAUGCCCAGUUGUUUCUGAAACAAGUGGGGACACAAGGGAUCAUGGUAAUAACAAAAAUCAGCUGGAUGGUGGAACACAUGAACCUCACAUUGAGGAUACUGAAAUGUCGUUGGGUAAAAAAAGGGUUUACGAGGAAGAUGGAACAGAUGGCACUGGUUCUGCUAGGGAGGAGAAGACAGUAGUUAAUGUGAGUUCUUUUGACACUAACAUCACAAUUAAAGAUAAUUUGGUAUCUGAAAAGAAAGCCGACAUUGAUGACGCUGUAGCGUCAUUGGGUGAAAAGAAAGUUCAAGAGGCAGAAGUAACAGGUGGUACUGAUUCUGCUAGGGAUGAGGAUAUAGUAGUUAACGCAAUUUCUGGUGAAAACAUUGCAAUAGAGGAGGAUACAGUAUCUGGAAUAGCUAUAGAUGUGAAAGAGUCUCAGAACAGUGACUCAAAAAAUGACGAGAUGGAUUCAAAAUCCCUGCGGGAGAAUGAGGAGGUAAAGCUUAGUCAAGAAAAUGUUGACCUCAACUCUUCUGAUCCAAAUGAUGAGGCAUCUGAGGUUAGCAAUAUCACAGUAAGUGAGAAUGUGGUAUCUGGAACAGCAUUGACUGUGAAUGACGACUCCCAAGACCAGAGGGGGGAUUUGAAAUCCCAGUUGGAGAAUGAGGAAAUGAAGAUCUCCCAUGAGGAAGUCGAUCUCAACUCUUCUGAUCCAAACCAGGUAUCCGAGGUCAGCACUGUUUUAGGGUUUCAAGUAAAAACUGAUUCUAUUUCUAGUGAUUGUGUCUCAAUUAAUGAAAAGAAUGAACUAAAGGAUAAUAUAAUUGAUGAUAAUGUCAAAUUAGAAUUAGAUGUUAUGCCUGAGAUGGUGCAGCCAUCAUCAAGCAAUGUGCUCGCAGAUGGUGGCAAACUACAUCCAAUGGAUGUUGAAGAGCCACAUGAGACCAAGGCACCUGUCGAGGAGAGAGAUGACAGCAAUGCUGCUAAAGCGGAGGUGAACAAGAAAAAUGAUGGUGCAGAUGUAACUUCUUCAGAAAAGUUAAAUUUGGACCGAAGUUCUGGUGAAGAUUACUUGGAGGAAGAUGCACUGGAGAAUAAACAAAUAGAUUCUAAGUAUAACUCAGAUGAUGUGGAAGAUAGGAGUGAGAAAACUUCAGUUCUUGUGGUGAAGGAGGAAGCUCCUGUCGAUAUUAUGCUGGAUGAUAAUCUUUCAGACAAGAAAUACAUUCAUGAUGAAAAUAAGAAUGUUGCAGUUACACCCCCUGUGAAAAGGAAGCUUCAUGCUGCUUCUGCAGAUCAAGAACUAGUUGGUAACAAUGAGGCUUCCAAGAGACAAAGGAGGUGGAAUGCUGAAAACCUUAAAGUUCCUGAACCUGUAAGCAACAUUCCCACUACUACUACUACUACUCCUAAGGACAGUAUCCCAUCUACUAAGCGCAACUUCUCUAGAUCCAAUUCUACAGCUAGUGAAGAUGCUCCAAAAGAACGUGUGGUUCCACCAUCACCAAAGGCUCCUACUAAUUCUUUAAGAAUUGAUCGCUUUCUGCGUCCAUUUACACUAAAAGCUGUGCAAGAACUUCUGGGGAAAACUGGGAAUGUCACUAGUUUCUGGAUGGACCACAUCAAAACCCACUGCUAUGUCACUUAUUCUUCUGUUGAAGAAGCCAUGGAGACUCGGAAUGCUGUAUAUAACUUGCAAUGGCCUCCAAAUGGGGGACGCCUUCUUGUAGCUGAGUUUGUUGACCCCCAGGAAGUGAAAAUGCGACUGGAUGGUCCUCCUCCUCAAUCACCUGCAACACCAGUCAGUACUGGGCCAACUGUGCUUCCUGCUCCAUCUGACUCGCAGCCCCCAGCUGCCCCUAGCCGACAGGUCCAGUGGCAGCAACUCCCACCUCCACCACCUCUCCCGCCUCCGCCGCCUCUGUCAAACCCCCCUCCAGCAAGGGAACGACCCCCUCUCCCACCGCCGCCUAGUGAGAAAGCCGACCCACCAAUCGUCACUUUGGACGACCUCUUUAGGAAAACUAAAGCGACCCCUCGAAUCUACUACUUACCAUUGUCUGAUGAACAAGUGGCAGCGAAGCUAAAGGCACAGGGAAAAAGCACCAAGCAGUCUGCAGGUGUUGCUUGUUGGAAUGGAGUGUUCCAGGCAAAGUGGUACAGGGAUAGCAGGAGGAGGAGGAGGUUCAGGUCCAAGGAUGGGUUUAGGUUUUCUCACUGCCAAAUAGAGGUUUCUUCCCUUUGUGAUUGGACGGAUUUGAUUAUAUCUCUGUCUUGUCUGUGUAUCUCUCUCUUUGUUUCCUCCUGUAGCCGGAGGUCUGACUUUGUUGAACCUCCUCAACUCUUUCUGUUAGCAUUUAACUUCUUAAUGGAUUGUUGGCUUGGUGGUAUUGCAUCUUUACAAUCGGCUCUGCCAGUGCCAGUGCUAGUGCUAGUGUUAGUGCAAGUCCUGUAGCUAAUAGAUCUUGACUAACUUUAUUGAGAAAUGCGAGUAGAUUGUUUCUUUGAUUUGAA